GAAGUACUUCACUGCAGUUUCCGCUAUGCCUUGUGGUGGAUAAAACUUAGGUUUUCCUGAACUUUCACUGUUACUUUGUUGCUCGGUCAACUAAAAGAAACCCUCCCAGCUAUGAGCGCCAUCAUACCUCGCAUAGAGCAGCUGUCUGCUCGGGUUGUUCGGGUUUUAGGCUGCAACCCGGGACCGAUGACCCUGCAGGGAACCAACACGUACCUGGUCGGUACCGGGGAAAGACGUGUGCUUAUAGACACCGGGGAGCCUGCUGUACCGGACUACAUCAAGAACCUGAAAACUGCUCUGGGCCAGUUCAGAACCAGCAUCCAGGAGAUCAUCGUCACACAUUGGCAUCCCGACCACACCGGAGGGGUGGAUGAGAUCUGCAGGGACAUAACUGGAUCUGACRUCCGAGUCAGCAAACUGCCACGCUCCACCCACGUCCCAGAAACUGCUGGAAACAAGAGCUACACUUACCUAAAGGAUGGAAAUGUCAUCCAGACAGAGGGAGCCACGCUCAGAGUGCUGUUCACCCCGGGCCACACCGAUGACCACAUGGCCCUGCUGCUGGAGGAGGAGCAGGCCGUCUUCUCUGGAGACUGCAUCCUGGGCGAGGGCACGGCCGUGUUCGAGGAUCUCUACGACUACAUGAGGUCUCUGAGGAUUCUGCUGGACUCUGAGGCUGACCUCAUCUACCCCGGACACGGGCCUGUUGUUCAGGAUGCCGGCACCAAGAUCAGAUACUACAUCGCCCACCGGGACCAAAGAGAACAACAGAUCCUGGCGGCGAUUCAGGAUGGAGCAGGGAGAGCGUUUUCCUCCAUGGAGCUCGUCAAGAUUGUCUACAAGGACACUCCUGAACACCUGCACCUGGCUGCUAAUGUUAACCUGGUCCAUCACCUGAAGAAACUGGAGAAGGAAGGCAAGAUCUGUUUGGUGCACGACUCACCUGAGAGCCACAAGUGGAGGAGUAAUUUAUAAAACCCAACAACACAAAGAGGCAACAACAAAAAAAAAAGAGUACAAUCUAACCUGCUGUGAUUCUUUUUUUUAUUUUAUUAUUUAAAUGCUCAUCUUACGUGGUGAUUGUUUGAAUGCCCUCGUCGAUCAACRGAGUGCGCUGCUUUGAAGGUUUUCAGUGAGGAAACAUCUUAUCAGGCCUGAGCUGCAGCUUGUGUCAAAGUUUAACAUGUUGGAAACGUGUACAGGUCAGCCCAGAGUCUCAGCUCCGUCCUGCGCAGGGAAACAUCUUGUCCUGUUUGCUGAAAUCAAUAGAASCUUCUUUUACUGCAGCCGUGCAACGAAACUGCAUCUAGAAGUUGAAAAUUAAGUUUUUUUUUUCCUUUUUUUGGAUUAUAGUUAAUAUUUAACUGUUACCCAGAUGUAAAACAUGCCUUACAGGCAGUUGUUUUGCAUAUCUUCCAUAUUAGAACAUGACUCCCUCCUGUUUCCAACCCUGCACAGUGAAAAUGUAAAAAUGUCUGUGGAUAGGAUUUCUUACAGGAUACACCGUCCUCCGUUCCUCCUCCGUUUCRUUGACUCUAGUUAUUUCUGAAGGCCCCUGGGUGACGGCUCGCUAAACGUUUGUCACCGUCCCAAACCACAUUUGCUCUGGCUGGCACCUCCCUGUCACCGGUGUGUGUUUAACUGAUCUCAGAACAGCUUUUACCUGCUUAGCAGUCAUUUAGUGGCUUAACAGGUUAUCAGUUGUUUGUGGCUCCACACAGGCGUGCUCGCUGUUGACAGUCGCAACGUGAGGAGUGCAUUUUUAUUCAGGCCACUUUAAAAUAAAAUAACUGUUUUUCGCUUCCCCACCUCACCAGGCUUUGACCUGAUUUUUUUCCUGCAUUUUUAAAUUUAUAGAGCAAAGGUUAUAUCCGAAAAGCCCCUCACAUGUUCACUAGGUGGCAGUGUUGGUUAAAUAACUUGAUUAAUGUUAUUUUAAGAAAGAUUUAAACAUUUUUUUUUCUGGAAUUCAACAAUAAAAAUUUGUAUUAGUAGGUUAAAUGUAAGGGUUUGUCUGAUUUUGUUUUUCUAACAAAUAAAAAAAUAAAUUUUGUAUUAAAUUCAGAAUUUAGACGUUACUCUCACCAUGAUGAACCGAUGUUUUUUUAUUUCCUUUGAUUUUAUGUGACCUCCCAGUGAAUCUGAUCCAUUUUCAUGUCAACGCUUUGAAUAAAUAAAUCUUCAGAUCCCUGAAAAA